ACCCGUGUUGAAUCCUCGCCUGAACCAAGUGACGACGAAGAAGUUAAGCCAAUGCUACCCCUUUCCAACGGCCGCAAGGCGAAUGGCUCCGCUAAAGAGCGUGACGAGAUCGAGCGUGCUUUUGCGGGUGUUGGAGGUGUGCCUGAGGAUCCCAAGGUCGACAAGUCUGGACAUUUCGAGUUCGGUGGAUCGUUUGGGUGUGCUUCCUUGAUGGUUAUCUUCCCGACUCUCAUGUACUACCUCUGGAUCUGCGCUACCUUCUACGGUGGUAAGAUCGAGGGUCCCAAGACGUUCGAGACCUGGGAGGAUUUCGGAUACAGGAUGUUGAACCACGUCGUUAAGGAUGCCUUCCCUCAUGCGGAGGCGUGGGCUAUUUACUGGGUGUUCAUGAUUGUUCAGGCUAUCUUCUACGUCACCCUUCCUGGUAUCUCGACUCAGGGUCUUCCUCUUCCUCAUGAGGGCAACAAGCGUUUGCCGUACUUCUGCAACGCUGUUUGGUCUUUCUAUGUGACCAACGCUGCCGUCGCUGCCUUGCACUACUUUGACAUCUUCCGCCUUCCUACUAUCAUUGAGCAGUUCGGUCCUAUCAUGUCUGUUGCUAUCAUCUCUGGCUUCAUCAUUACCUUCAUCACCUACUUCGUCACUAUUGCCCUCGGCAAGCAGCACCGCAUGUCCGGCUACUUCAUCUACGAUCUCUUCAUGGGCGCGCCUUUGAACCCCCGUAUCGGCAUCCUUGACUUGAAGAUGUUCGUCGAGGUCCGCAUUCCUUGGUUCGUUCUCUACUUCAUGUCCGUCGCUGUCGCGGUCAAGCAGUACGAGACCUACGGUUCUGUUACCCCUCAGGUCUGCUUCGUUGUCUUGUGCCACUAUUUGUACGCGAAUGCUUGUGCUAAGGGUGAGGAGCUCAUCGUUCCUACCUGGGACAUGUUCUACGAGAAGUGGGGGUUCAUGCUCAUCUUCUGGAACCUUGCUGGCGUGCCGUUCACGUAUGUCCACUGCACCCUCUUCCUCGCCAACCACGAGCCUUCUGAGUACAAGUGGUCUACUGGCUACAACGUCUUCUGCUUCGCGCUCCUUUUGACUGCGUACUACGUCUUCGACACUUGUAACUCUCAGAAGAACCGUUUCCGUCAGCAGAUGCACGGUACCCUCAAGCUCCGCAAGACCUUCCCUCAGUUGCCUUGGCAGACGAUCAAGAACCCUACCUACAUCAAGUGCAAGAACGGUGGUACCCUCUUGACUUCUGGCUGGUACCGUUACGCUCGCAAGAUCCACUACACUGCGGAUUUCUUCCAGUCUCUUUCUUGGGCUCUCAUUACUGGCUGUGCUAGCCCAUUGCCCUACUUCUACCCCCUCUUCUUCUUGACUGUCCUCAUUCACCGUUGCUCUCGUGACAUCCAGAGAUGCUCUGAGAAGUAUGGUGAGGACUGGGAGGAGUACAAGAGGCAAUGCCCCUACCUCUUCAUUCCUUACGUCUGGUAAACAUCCCAAUUUUGUACAAC